AAUAUUGCUUUUUGGGGUGGUCCGUUCAAUAUAAUUAUAUGCUGAGAAACUAGACUAGAGUCAGAGUCUGGACUAGAGUACGUCUGGAUAUGGAUUGUGCCAAACCCGCUGGUAUAUUCCAGUUCUCUGUUGUGGAUGAGCUAAUUCACCAGUCUGAGGAAGAGUUCAAGCCAGUCCCGUUUCCAUUUGAACUACCAAAAUUUGAGGGAACUGUGAAUUUUGGAGCUGAAAUGAAAGCUAAGCACUUCUAUCUAAACGAAUCUUGGACUUUUCUGAAUCAUGGAGCGUUUGGAUCUGCAAUAAAAGAAGGACUAAAAUCCAGCGAGAUGUGGCGAGAGUAUUGUGAGCAACAACCUCUCAAGUUUAUGGAUCGAGAAGUGUUUCAACAUCUCAUUCAUGGACUGAGGAAACUAGCACGUUUUGUAGACGCAGAUCCCGCGGAUAUUGUGUUUGUACAGAAUGCAACUACUGGGAUUAAUGCAGUGGUGAGAUCUCUGGUUAAGAAGUUCCAGCCUGGUGACUCUAUUCUCAUGAUUGACGUUGCCUAUGGUACUGUGAAGCUUGUGAUUGAGGAUGCUACUAGAGGCACAGGUAUCACAAUCAACGAAAUCAAGCUCCCUAUUCCAGUGACAUCACCGCAGGAGAUUGUGAAGCUCAUUGAAAAGUCACUACAGCCUAGCACUAAACUGGCUGUGUUGGAUCACAUUCCAAGUAACCUUGCCUUCAUUAUGCCUAUAAAGAAAUUAGUUGAUGUCUGCCAUGAAAGAGGUGUGCAGGUGCUUGUUGAUGGUGCUCACUGUCUGGGAUCAAUGAAGAUUAGCAUGAGAGAAUUGGGUGCAGACUACUAUGCUGCCAAUGGUCACAAGUGGCUCUGCUCUCCAAAGGGAACGGCUUUCUUGUAUGUAGCUAGAAGCCAUCAGCACAUGAUCCACCCUCCAGUAAUCUCAUGGGGUUUUGGACACGGCUUCACAUCUGAGUUCUCUUGGAUUGCCUCAAUGGACUACACCCCAUACCUCUCCUUUCUCACUGUGCUCGAUUUUUGGGAUCAUUACGGACAGGACAAAAUGAUUAAGUACAUGUAUGACACAUCAAAAGAAGCAGGCCAACUACUGUGUGAGGCAUGGCAGACAAGCUUGGUGGCAGAUAUCAGCAUGUGUGGUCCAAUGGCAGUGGUGAAGCUACCGGAGGGUGUGGUCCCACACUCGGCUAAUCUGAGCCCCCCGUACAGUGACCCAGCUGCACAUGCUGUCAUGAACAUUCUCCACUUCCAGUACAAAAUUGAGGUACCUGUGCGAGUGAUAAAUGGAGAGUUGUAUGUACGGAUUUCUGCUCAUGUGUACAAUGAACUCGGUGAGUUCAAGGUUCUUGCUGAUGCAAUCCUGGCUAUCGUGAAGAAUAACAGGACAACACAGUGAACUUAUAAUUAAUGGCUUGAACAUCUUGAACAACAUGCAGGUAGCGACAUACGUACACAUGUACGUCAUAAUGUGUUUAUAAUUAUGUUUAUAUGCUGACAAACACUUUGAUGAAGGCAUCUUGAAUCUG